ACUUUCAUUUUCACUUUUCUUCUCGACAUGGCAGGUAUUGUAAGACGAAUUAUCCAGACAGCAAAGGCUCCAUCAGCUAUAGGACCAUACAGUCAGGCAGUCCUAGUGGAGAACACUCUCUACGUGUCUGGGCAGAUAGGCAUGAAUCCACAGACAGGCGACUUGGUACCAGGGGGAGUCGUCCAUGAAACUGAACAGGCUUUAAAGAACAUGCAGGCAAUUCUUGAAGCUUCAGGUUCAACAAUGAAUAAUGUAGUCAAAGCCACCGUUUUGUUGGAUGACAUAAACAAUUUUGCAGCAGUAAAUGAAGUGUAUACUAAAUUUUUCCAAAAGAACUACCCAGCCAGGGCUGCAUAUCAGGUGGCAGCUUUACCAAAGGGGGCCAAAGUUGAAAUUGAAGCAGUAGCCAUUGUUGGAAAAGUGGUGGAUUCUCAAUGACUAGAAGCAAAGAUGUAAUAAAUCCAAAAAUUCAGUAUCAUGGUGUUUUAUAUAGAAUUAUAAACAGCCACAAAGCUGUCACAGACUUACAGUAUCAAAGUCAUGAUAAGUACUGAGGAGUGUGUAUGUAUAUAUAUAUAUAUAUAUAUUGAUAUUGAUAUUAUACAUUAUACUGACAAAAUUAUUUUUUCAAUAAAAUUUUACCAUUUCAAAAAUCA